AGUGACUGCUUAGGGGUUGCUGUUCAGCAUUUUUGUGUUUUUGUAGUAUUGAAAGUUCAAGAUGACAUCAUUAGCUGAACAGCCAUGUUAUACUCUCAUCAAUGUUCCCAUGGAUGCAGAGCCACCCUCAGAAAUGCAGUUGAAGCAAGACCUAGGUAAUAAUACAGUUUUAGUGGGGUUUUUAAUAUUGUGUAUAUUACUGAAAUUUUUUCCCUUCUGAUUACAUAAAAAAUUUUUGAACCUUGGAUCCCGCUUUAUCUGUGUGAGCAUUAAAAAUUCAUACCCCGCCAAAUCGAUAUUUCAAUCUGUCAUACCUUACCCUCGAUUAACAGUCCAUAUAUGAAAAUGUGUUGUAAAUACAGAAUUCAGGGCUUGCCACGUGACGUGUGAAAGUUCACAGUAAUGGCUGUGCCCAUUUAUGCAUUGUUUUUAUGAUGUAUAGUGGUGACCAAGUUAAAAAAUUGCUAAUCUAAAGGACUAAAAAUGGGGGAGGUUGAUGAUCAUGCAAAUGGUUUAAAAAAGUGAUUCUCAACCUUCCUAAAGUCGCGACCCUUUAAUACAGUUCCUCAAGUUGUGGUGACCCCCAACCACAAAAUUAUUUUCGCUGCUACUUGAUGACUAGAGUAUAUGUGUUUUUGGAUGGACUUAGGCGACCCCUGGUUGAGAACCGCUGAUUUAAAAGAUUAUUAUCCUGUUUUGAAAAAUGAUUAUAAUAAAGCAAAAAGACAAUGAUAGUGAUGAUUGAUUGGUUUCAACAACUAGUCUUACUGAUGUGUUCUUUGGGAAUAAAGAAACAAGGCAAGGUCUACCCCAAGUACUAGCCCUGCUUUUUAUGAAAAGUCAGGGGCGUAUAAAUUACCUUCAAAUAUGCUGCUCUACACAUAUUCUAAGACAAUUUCUCCCUGCUCAAUUCCCCAUGACACUUUGACCUUCUCUAGCCACCACCCCCCUCCCCCCCCCCCCCCCCCCCCCCCCCCACCCNNNNAAGAGUUGCGCGGCGUCUACCUCACUCUCUCGUCCGAGCCCACCAUAUCCAGUGGCAAGACUCUACGUCAAGACGACCAGGGAUGGGUUCGGUUGCAGGAAUUGUCAUUGUUUGCGCCUUACGGGACUCCAACUCCGGGUUUGAAUUCAGAGUUUCCUUCUCUUAGAUGAGUUGCCGACCAAGGUUAACGAGUCUCAUCCACCCGGGGUGAUGUUUUUGCUUGACUGGCCUUUGGCUGGACUUGAACACCAGGGUGACUGGGUGGCCAAAUGGUCUAAACUGAGCAAACCUCAAUUUAGAAGAUAAUAAAUAGUAUUCAUUUAAUUUCAGUCAUGGUAUUUUAUUUGUGUAUUUGUUUGUGUGUCAAUUUGUUGAAAUUGUCCAUAGGGCCCAGGGGCAUGGGUAUUUUAGGAUAGGGAGCCAAGGCCUCAAAGUGUUAAAGCAUUUUUUUGUAAAUCCAAAUUAUUAUUGUUGUCUAUAAAUAUAUUCUUUUUGAAAGAUGCAUAUUAUCUCAGUAAAUGAAUGCAAAGACACAUCAUAAGCCAAAAGAAAUUUUUAUUAAUGGGCAAAGGUUCAUUUUUAGAAAGUUUCCAAUGUCAUGAUUAUAUUUCUCUUAUAUCUGUUGAUUAUAACAGUAAAAUAUUUUUUCUUCUAAAUAAUUGAAUAGAAAAAGGAGAUGCACGCACCAAAAUAGAGGCUCUGAAGAAGGUUAUCCAGCUCAUUCUUAAUGGAGAGAAGAUGCCAUCUCUCCUCAUGAUCAUCAUUCGUUUUGUGAUGCCUAUGCAGGAUCACACUAUUAAAAAACUCCUCCUGGUAUUUUGGGAAGUUGUUCCAAAAUAUACACCAGAAGGAAAGUUGCUUCAAGAAUUUAUUUUAGUCUGUGAUGCCUACAGGAAGGUGAGAAUUGUAAUUUUUAAGUAUAAUCAAGAUCAUUGAAUUUUUAAAAAAUUAUUUUCAUAGCUACUGCUUAAAACAUUUAUGUGCCUUUAUUUCACUAUUGUUUCUUUUAGGAUCUUCAACAUCCAAAUGAAUUUAUCAGGGGAUCAACCCUACGCUUUCUUUGUAAGUUGAAGGAACCUGAACUCCUUGAACCUCUGAUGCCAGCAAUAAGACAAUGUCUAGAGCAUAGACACUCAUAUGUUAGGCGUAAUGCUGUUUUAGCUAUUUACACAAUUUUCAGGUUUGUCAUUUUUAUUUUAACUACUAAAGGCUAGGUUUCAUAAUUAUUAUUAUAUUUUCUCCUAAUAAGAUUAAAAAAAAAUUUUUUUUUUUAUAGCCCAGCCUUGACCUUGAUGACCUAAAUUUUGGUUCAAUGCAGAGUUAAAUCUUAAAGCUAUCUCUCUUUUGUUUUUAUAUUUCCAACACCAAUCUAGACUAAAGGUUCUGUGUUAUGCCCUCUGUGGUGUUAAUUGAAUUUUAACAAACUUGUUGUCUAGAAAAAUUUGAUAAGGGGCUAACACAUGUAUAUUUUAGGCAUACCAUGAGCUAAAAUGAAGACAAUCAGUGCUCUAUACAAAUUUACUUUUCACUCUUACUGGAAUUUGGUAUGUUGACAAGGCCAGGUCUGUGGGGUAAAUAAACAAAGGUGCCCUACCAAGUAACUUUGGUUCCAGAAACAUCUCUUCUCUCUGGUAGACUAUAAAUAAAAGAAAUUUACCAGAGAUACAAGUGACCUACAAAGACUUAAAUGAUUUUUCUUUGUGUGUGAGGAUUAAUAGUUUUGACUUUUUCUUAUUUGUAUUCACAUGCUGUAAGUUGCUAGAGUUUUUUUUUUUCUUUCUUCUAUAUAUUUGAUUUUGUCCUUUUAUACCAUAUUGUUAGUAUAAAUAAAUUUUUCUUGUAAUUAGCACUGGUUGGGGUGUCAUUCUUUCUCUAGUAUAUUUAAUCAAUGGUAUUCUUCCUUUAUCAUGUACUGUUUGUAAAUGAGCCAGUUUUUGCUUUGGCAAUGAGCCAUAUUUUAAAACAACAUAUUAAAUUUGUUAAACCUUAAUUAAAAUCUUUUUUUUAUUUUUCCCCCCACAGAAACUAUGAGUUUCUGAUACCAGAUGCUCCUGAACUUAUUCACAACUUCCUUGAAGGAGAGCAAGAUAUGUCCUGCAAACGUAAUGCCUUUAUGAUGCUCAUUCAUGCAGACCAGGUAUUAGCAUUUGAAGUGUCAUUAAUCUAUAUUUAUUACCAAUUCUAAAAAUGUGCCAAAGACAUUGUUGAAAGAGCUAAAAGGAUAUAAAUUGUUUGGGUUAUGUUUACAUAAACUCUCAUGUACACAAAAACAUUUUCUUUACCCUAAAAGUUUUUAAAAACCUAUCGAAGACAAGGAACAAUAAAACUAAAGGAAAUAAUUUAAAAAUUUCAGGAGAGAGCAUUGAACUACCUGAGCAGCUGUAUUGACCAAGUUACUUCUUUUGGAGACAUUCUUCAGCUUGUUAUAGUAGAGCUCAUUUACAAGGUGAGUUUUUGUUGCCUUGUUAAUUCAUAUUUCUAUAACCUGUGAGUCUUGAAAAAAUUGUAUUAUAAAUAUCAUUUUUGAGAAACUUGAUGUAACAAGAUACAUUUGAUUACAGUUAAUAUAAUAUUUGGAUGUGUUCUGUUUAAUAAAUGUUUCUGGUAAUAGGUUUGUCACGCCAAUCCUGGAGAGAGGGCACGAUUCAUACGCUGCAUUUAUAACCUGCUCAACUCCUCAAGUCCAGCAGUGAGAUAUGAGGCAGCUGGGACGUUGGUGACUCUCUCUAGUGCACCUACAGCUAUUAAGGUAAAUAUUGUAGUCCUGAAUUUUGUUUAGAAAUUGUGAAAAUGGUGCACAUGGCCAGUUUUUUUGGUCUAGUUUAGCAGGGGAAAAAAAUCAAAGUUGAGUUGGCUCGAAGUUAAUUUGAAAAUAUUUAUUUAACAGGUAACUAAACAAUUUUAUACGGUUAAAAUGAAACUUUAAAAAAUUUGUCUUAAAAAUGAACUUAAAUGUAUUAAAUUUUUGCAUAUAUGUUCUGUCACUUACACAAACAGGCAGCAGCCACCUGCUACAUUGAACUCAUUGUGAAGGAAAGUGACAACAAUGUCAAGCUUAUUGUUCUGGACAGACUGAUAGCUCUACGAGAGGUCCCUGCCCAUGAGAAAGUCUUGCAGGUAAUGUAAUUUAAUAUUUUACAUUUCAUAUUUUAAAAAUUAUUAUUAUUAUUAUUUUUUUUCUUUUAUAAUUUGUUCAGAAGUGAAGGAUGUGCUUGGGUUGAAUCUUAGUGACAAAAUAAUAAACAGUUUAUUGGUAAUUGAGGUUUAAUAAGAUUGAUCUUUUUUAUGCCCAGUAUUCACCUUCUACUGUUGUUGAUAAUAGGAACUUGUCAUGGACAUUCUUCGAGUACUUAGCUCCCCUGACCAGGAAGUGCGCAAAAAGACCCUAAAUUUAGCUCUGGAUUUAGUGACAUCUCGUAACAUUGAAGAGGUAUUCCGUUUUAUGUUGCAUCCUUAUUUGUUGGCUAAAAUGAGAUGUUGAAAAACUUUGUUGUUUCAAUUGGUUAACAUGAUAUGUUGAAAAACAUUGUUAAUGUUUCAAUUGGCAAACACAAUAUGUUGAAAAACUUUGUUAAUGUUUCAACCUUUUGAUUUUAAGGCACAUUUUUAUGGUUUACAGCAUUCAUAGAAAAGAUCUAUGUUUUUUUUAAGGCUUACACUACAUAAAUCAUCCCCUUUUAAAAUAAAAGUUGCUUUUUAAUCAUGUUAGGUGAUCAUAUUGAUAAAUUUAUUAUUUAAAGCUCAGUGUCUCGAUAUCAAAAAGUGGGUUGAUUAAUCACAGGAAAACAAAAGAAUGUAUUGCAACCAAAUUUGACAUGGUCAUACCACCUGAACUAAACAUCGUUCCUAGAAAGUUAGCUCAAAAUCCCUCUAUCCUUAAAGCUUUAAUAAAAAAAAAAGUAACUAGAGAGUAACGCUAAAAAUAAUAUUUAUUAAGCUUGGCAAUGCAGCUCUAUAAAAAAUCUCGGACGUUCAAGAUUAGUUAUUUUGGGGUACUCAUUUUUAAAAAGCCUUUAUUCAGAACUCCACGCUUACAAAUCAGAUAAUUAAGGAAUAACAAAAGGUUUUCAAUGUGCUUUUAAAGAUGCAUCAAAAGAACACAUUGGUAAAUAUUUGUGUAGAUAGCAUUUUGGGGAGUUUGCCCUAGGGAGAUUUGAUCUUUGGUAUACUUUGUUUGGAGCAUGCAUUUUUAAUAAGGCUUUAAUCUAUGUUCACAAAAAAGUGUGCUUUAAAAAUAUUUGAAAUAAUUUUUGUAAAAAAGAUUACUGUUUAUUGCAACCAUAUUCCUUAAAUAUAUGGAAAUACGUUCACUGCAUGGUUUAACAGGGAUUUUAUUUUAGAUACAAAUUAUGAAAUGGUCAGUGGCAUGUAUAACAGGGGCUUUUGUGUUACUAAGGAUUUACCUUCCUGUGGGUUCUUUUAUAAAAUAUGUAUGAGGGAAGGGAAAAUCUCAAGUUUGUGAUGUAGCCCUAGUCAGCAUUGAGUCAAAUACACCACCGAAUGGGGGGUGCAUUUAAUGAGUAUCCCAUUGUCUCAAAGGCACACAUUUGUUACUAAUGGAACAAUUUCAAUUAUUAGUUUAUUUCCCUUUUUUAUUUUAUAUGAAAUUAUGUACAUUAUAAUGACAUCAGAUAAUGAAACAGUAAUUUUACAGUGAAAAGCGGUGAAAGACCCUAACAAAGAAACAUUAUAAAAUGUCAUACUCAUCAAUGUGUAAAUGGUGAUUUUUUUAAUUAAUGUGUGUCUUAAAUAAAAAGAACGAUCUCUUAAUUAAUAUUUCAAAUUUUCAUCCAUUUAUCUUUCUGUUAUAAUAUUUAUUUUCUAUAUAUAGGGGAAAAUUUAAGAUUUGCUACAGACACUCGCUGUAACAGGCCCCCAUUUAUGACUUAGUGAGGUUCUCUUGAGUUGGUCUCUAUUGGUCUCUCUCAUAAACAUUUGAGUGAUAUUUAGUGUAAAUAAUAGCAUAAAGUACUCACAUGAGAUGCUUAUGCCUUGAGGAAUAUUUAUAGGUCCUAUAUUUUCUAAAGGUUGAUAGAGGUCAUCUCUAACUAGUUCAGGACCCCUAAUAUUAAACCAAGGAUUCACAACAUUAUCAUCAAAAUCAUAAUUUUGAUCGUCUUCAUUACUAUCCUGGUUGUUUUCAUCAGCGUCAAUGUAGGAUACACUGCUAGAAUAUCAAAAUCACUAGUUUGAUCAGUGUCACUGUCAGUCAUUUUGGAAUUUUACGAUAUUACUUGCAAUGCAAAAAAAAAUUCCUGUACAAAAAAAAAUCUAGUAAACAGUCAACGGAGGCUGCCAUUAAAAUACCAGAAUGUGUAGGAAUAUGUAAGGACAAUCUGAUUAGCUUGUAUGUAGACUACUGAUUGAAUUAUUGGGCCGUUGAAUUCUAAAAUAAUAAUAAUCACUUCUGGGGCCAGAAAGUUAUCUAGAAUUAUACAGGAAAAUAUAUAUAUGAUGUUUCAUUUUAAAGCUAAAUUUUACUUCUCUUUUAACAGAUGGUUUUGGUAUUGAAGAAAGAAGUAGUUAAGACCAAUAAUGUUGAGCAUGAAGAUACUGGUAAAUACAGACAGCUACUUGUUCGAACCUUGCACCAGUGCAGUGUCAAGUUCCCAGAUGUUGCUGGAACUAUCAUUCCAGUGGUAAGUUAUAUUUUAUUUAAUAAUCUCAAAGUUUAUGUUCUUUAAUUUUUAGGAUUCAAAACACUGUGAGGAAUUUGGUAUCUAUAAAAAAUUAUGUAUAUCUCAUGACAGCCUUUUAUUAUUAAAAUUAGCCAAUUACCCUUUUUUCACCUUUGCAUUACAUUAAGUAAUUGACAGACAUGAGGCAAUUAGUAUUUUAAACAAAUAAUUUAUUUAUUGAAAGUAACAUAAGCAAAUAAAUUAACUGAGCUUAAUUUGUUUACUCACAAAUGCUAAGUAUUUAAGGUCAAUGAUACAUUUUUUAAAAAGUGAAUUCCUAUAAUUUUAAGGAAAUAUUUCUGUUCCUCUAAAAGUCUACCGGUUUUGGUCUAAUUUGUAUAAAUGUGAUUUAUUUCUCAAAUAUGCCUAAUUCAAAAGUGUAUUAAUCUUACUCUUUUGUUUAGUUGAUGGAGUUUUUGGGAGACACCAACGAAUUGGCUGCAGCUGAUGUGCUGGUGUUUGUACGUGAGGCAGUUCAGCGCUUCAAUCAGUUGAGACCUUUAGUCAUGAGCAAGCUCUUGGAUGUUUUUAGUACCAUUAAGGCAAUGAAGUAAGUUUUUUGUGUGUGUUUUAUUGAAUCUAUUAAUAGCAAAGAAAAACAAAACAGAUCAAGUCAAUUCAACAUAAAUAUUUAAUAAUUAAUUUCUUACAACAAAUGAUUAAUGAAUAGAGGGUAUGCAUUGACAUAAAGACAAAAAACAUUAAGUUGGAUUAAUACUGUAUUUAAUAUUACAAAGUACUCAAGUGUUAAAUGACAUUAACAGCAGCACCUGAAAAUGAGGAAAGGUUCAAGUGCAAUUUUUUUUUAAAGUUUUCAUAUCAAAUAAAUUACAGUACAAUGUAAUUUCUUUUUUGCUGAUAUUUUCAUCACCAAUCUAGAAUACAUCGUGCUGCUUUGUGGAUUCUAGGUGAAUACUGUACAACUUCAGAUGAUAUCCAGAGUGUGAUGACCCUCAUAAGGCAAUCACUUGGUGAAGUAAGGAACUUACUUAAAUCUUGUAUUCAGCUAUGUGCAUUCUUAAUAUUAAAAUUUGAUGUGUAUACCAUUUUUUUGUAGGGAUUAAAAAAUCGCAUUCUAUUGUUACUAGUUAGUUAAAACAACAAUGAAAUGAUGCAAGAAGCACCGUCCCCUCCAAUCAUAUCUAUUGAGGGUUAAAAUCUUUCGGUUGUUGAGCAUUUCACAUACCUUCGAUUCAAUAUUUCUAGUUCUCUCUCUGUUGAUGAAGAGAUAAAUACCAGGAUCGCAAAAGCAGCAGCAACUAUGGCUAAACUGAAUAAGUGGGUGUGGAAUAAUCUCAAUCUAACUGAUAAAACAAAAAUAUGUGUCUAUCAGGCUUGUGUGCUAAGUACGCUCCUAUAUGGCAGCGAAGUGUGGACCAGUCAGGAGCGGAAACUCAACAGCUUCCAUCAAAGAUGUCUGCGUCUCAUUUUACGCAUUCGCUGGCUGGACAAGGUGCCUAACACAGAGGUCUUGGAACAUGCACACAUGUUUAGCAUAUUCUCCUUUCUUAGCAAGAGGCGCCUUCGCUGGUUAGGCCAUGUAAGGAGAUUGGAGGAAGGCCGUAUCCCAAAGAUGCUGCUGUAUGGAGAGUUGGCAGAAGGGACAAGACUUAUUGGACGGCCGCGCCUGAGAUUUAUGGACGUUUGCAAAAGGAGCAUGAGGGAAGCCAAUAUUGAAAACAACGAAUGGGAGCUCAUUGCCGAAAAACGUUCCAGCUGGCGAACAGCUGUGUAUGAAAGAGUAAAAAAAGGCAGAAGAUACGCGAAACGAGGCCCUUGCAACAAAAAGAACAAUACAGAAGUUAAAAUCUUACCAGGAAUCAAUAUUCUCCUGCGAGAAAUGCAGUUGAGAUUGUCAUUCUAGGAUUGGCCUAGUGAACCACUCGUCAAAGUAUAGGACUACAUAGCUACUCCAUCGUCUCACGAAGACGGAAGGAUGCCAUUAACAUAUAUAAAACAACAAGAAUAUGUUGCAAAUAAUAUGCAUACUGUUUUCAAUCCCUAAUAUAACUUACUUCAUAUUUUCAGAUACCUAUUGUUGAUGAUGAAAUGAAAAAGGCUGCAGGAGAGGUUAAAGAAGAUGGUAAGAUUUUAUGUCUAUUUUUUUUAUCUCGUAUUACAAUCACUAUGGAUGAUCUCAUUUUUUAAAAAUUCAGAUAAAUGUAUUGGUUCUAAUAUAAAUUAAUGUUGUUCACACAAAUUGACCUUCAAAAAAACUACCCAUAUUAUAUAAUAGGUCAUUCUCCAUGUUUAAUCUUGGAUUCAGUGGUCUGUUUUAUGUGCUUCAUUGUUACCCUGUAAUUUUUUUUUUCUUAACUUUUAAACUUAAAAAUGCUUUCCACCAACCCUUACUUUAAUACAGGGGUGGGCAAAAUGCGGCCUGGCAACUGAUAUCAUGCGGCCCUAUAGGCAUUUAGAAAUGUAAAAAAUUACUUUGUUUUUAAGCUAUUAUGUUGAAUUUUCCAGAAUUUCAUGUACCAUCAUGAUUGUUUUAACAUUUGUGAUCAAGUUUCUUUCCAAUUUUCUUUUUUUUUUUAAACAGUCCUUGACUUUUGUCAUAUAUUGCUAAAAAUGAGAAUUUACCAAUUUUAAUAUAGAGAAAUGUUUAUCGACAUGUAAAAAUUGGACAUUGUAUACAUCCCCCCCCAAUAGCUCAAUGUGACCCUCUGCACAAAAAGUUUGCCCACCCAUGCCUUAAUACAUAAAACUGAUAUUUUUAAUACUGGAAUCCAAAUGAUUUUCAGAUGUAGAUUUCAUUAAGUGUAAUGAUGCUUACAUUGUUAUUUUAUCUGGAUUAGAAAUGCAAGUUGGAAGUGGUGCAGUCCAAAGACUGGUAACUGCUGAUGGAACAUAUGCCACACAAAGUGCUUUUAGCACUAGGACCUCUGCCAAGAAAGAAGAAGUGUAAGUCUUUAAGAGAUAAACUUUAAAGUAUGUAUAAAUAAAACUUUGUGCUGCAAGUAGGUAGUCCAAACUAAAAUUUUCUAUACAUAGCAGACAUAUUUGGUGAGUUUCACCUGACAGAACUUUUUAUUCUAAGAUAUAGGCCACUUAUUUCAUGUAGUUAUCUCAAUAAACAAAAAAGUUAUGCGAUUUUCAAAUUUGCUGAAAAUCGACCAAAAAUGGAUUUUUUUACCUUGUGAAAAAGUCCCAUGUUUAAGGACCUAUAUUUUCUAAAAUAAUCAACAGAGAAUUCCAGGAAUUGGUAUAUGUGCUCCAAAGUUUACAAUAUUUAAGCCCAAUUUUUUUCAAGCAGCCAGAUCUAUUAAUUCUUAAGUUAUUAAAAAAUAAAAAAUAACAAUAAUGAUUUUUAGUCAUUUUUAUUUUCUGACAGGAAAAGUGUAAAAAUACACAUUUUCAAAAAUUUGUUAAAAUUUCUGUUAUUGACUUACAUAAAUAUGUCAUACAUCAAAUUAAAGAUAAUUUUAAGCAGAACAACAUGCAGUAUGCCUUAACAUCAUCAAUAAACACUUAAAGGCACUAAAAUAAGUCUAAAAGUACUCACUUAGCGUUUUUUUUAAAAAUGAAGGUUUAAAAAAUUUGAUUAGAAAAUGCAUUUUAUCACAUAAUUGUGAUAAAAUCAAAGGAAUAUGAUGUCAGAUGUGUUUACUAUUAAUUAAAAGACUAAUAAAAAAAAAUAUCAAUGCAGAGUAUUGUCAAAAAUAUAAAGCAAUUGAGCAUACAUUUUAAUUAAAUUGUCAGGGAAAUGCCUGGUCUAUCAACUGGGGGGUGACUGGGUAAGCUUCUGUAACCAAUUUGUAAUCUUGUUGGUCUUAUUCCCCAGUAGCUUGAUAAGUGCAUUAUCAAUAGCAAUUGUCAACUCUAGCCACAAUGUUGCACCCAGGGUCUCCGCUGUGGAAUGAACAAUUAAACUUAGAGAGCAUACAACAUUGUUUUAAGUAUUCAUAGGUGUAAUAUAAAAACUAAAUAUUGAGAGAACUGGGCGAGUCCAUUUCAAUAGGCCUUAGGUACCGGUAGUACUAGUGAGUAUAAGAUGAAAUAAUAUUGAAACAAUUCUAACUCAGAAAUACGUUUCAUUGAGUUUUAAUAAAUGCUUCACAAUCUCAUUGUCAAGAUAAGCUUACAAAUUAUUUGUUUAAUUAUUUUGCUGUGUAUAAUGUUUUAUUCACUUGAACCCUCCUACCCCAGAUAAAAAUUUAAGUCGGUCCACCCCAAUGUUUACUCGCCGGCAUCCAUUUUUAUUUUCUCGAUCGGACAGAAACCCUCUUUGAAAUCAACAAUACUAUCUUUAUUUUAAAAUUGAAUUUAUAAAAUAUAAGAAAGAUCAAACAUUAACAUGUCUGCGACAUGUCUAUCAAUUUUUUUUAUCGCUAGACUGUCCUCAAUUAAAUACAUUUGGUCCGAUCGGCAACAUAUCUCCUAGUCAAGUUCACAAUAGCUACAAUUCGUUAAAAUAUAUCUAAUAUAGCUGACGACACCAAAUUAAGUUUAACUCACUUCUAAUCAACAUUUACAUUCACUAAUACUAAUACAUUAUAUGAAAAUUUAAUUAUAUUACUUACUUGUUGAUUAAAAGCCCCAACAUGGCUAAAAAAGCAACCGCCAUAACGCUGGUACUAGUACUAGUCACCAAGCGCGCGUUAGGCGUCUAGUGCUAGCGGUGUGGAACUGGAAAUGGGGGUGUUUUUGUAAACAUCGCUGCUACGCGUCAAUCAUGCCCACUCAUUUGAUCUCGUGAUAUUAAAUAGUUAAAGACCUGAUCUUUCCAACGGUGUAAAGAGUGUCCUAAUAUCUCCAUGUUUUCGACCAUUUUUUUAAUACGAAAGUUUUCAACCGGCUUUUUCAAAAUGAAAUAAGCAAGGUAGAUAAACUUUCUAUGCAUCAAACGAAAGGACAGCAUCUGCUCUUUCUUAUGGUGGUAGAAUUAUUGCGAUAACUUAAAUAGACGCGUAGCCGUGGGCGUUUGAAACACCUUGGGGUAAACCGGUACUCGCAAAAACGCCGUAAAAUUGGUCAAAACUGAUACUUUUCAAACACAGAAAAAACACUUUCAAACACAUGUUACAGUCAUGCAAGUAACACAUUUCGCCAGAUAAAGACUUAAACUUUAUUCACAUAUACAUUUUAUUGCUGUAUCGCUACUAGAAGAGGAUUAAUUAUUUUUUUGAAAACUUCGAAAAAUGACCCUAAAACGCAUUUUUUCUUUAGUUUGGACUACCUACUGCAAGGAGAAAUUAUGUUAAAGGUAACUAAAGGGAUUGGAAGAGACAGUCUGUACAGAGCUCUGAGCUAAUAUGUAUCCAUUUAUUUUCUUCACAGUCCACCUCUACGUAAAGAUAUGAUGGAAGGAGACUUUUUCAUCGGUGCUGCCUUGGCAACCACAUUGACAAAAUUAGCUCUCAAGUACAUCAACAUUACCCAAGACAAGAAGAGACAAAAUGUAAGAUCAAUUUGUUAAACACCCUGUGAAUACUUGUAGUUCCCAUGGCCAAAAUAACACUUAAAUGCAAUUUAACUACUGUUAAACCAGGAAAAAAAAUUAAUAACUGUUAAUGUAAAAUGAAAAUAAGAUUGAUACUCUUUUAUAAUUUAUAACUAUGUAUUGGAUUUUGAGCACCUUUUAAUUAUGUUAAAAUCAAAUUUUAUAGUUUUUUGGUGUUUUUUUCAUGUUAAUGCCAUUUUCAAAUAUUUGUAGGCAUUUGUUGCUGAAGCAAUGCUUAUCAUGGCAACAAUAAUUCAUCUUGGCAAGUCAGGACUUCCUGCAAAAGUAAGUUGAAAUCAAUGUUAAUAUGAAAUAUUUGUGUGUAAAGCAAAUUUUGGUCAUUGGUGAAAGGUAAGGCACAUACAAGUACUGUUUUACUUAAUUACCGGUACUAAAAUUUAGUAUUUAAUAUGAAUUGAAAAACCAAAACAGUUACCAACAAUGCAUUAAUUCCCAUCAUAACUUUAAAUAUCCUUUUGAGCAAAUUAUAUUUUUGAUCUCUACAGAACUGUAUUGCAUUGACUGUAUUUAAUUUUUAAAAGUAUAAAUGAAGUAUUCUUGAUUACUCUUCAUUUAAUUAGCCCAUCACUGAUGACGAUGUUGACCGUAUUGCUGUAUGUCUGAGGGUUUUGGCAGAAAAAUCAGAACUGAUGGGUGAAAUAUUCAACACUGCAUGUAGGGGUUCCCUUUCCUUGAUGCUGGCUGCCAAGAUUGAAGAAGAGAAACAGAUGCAGGAGGUAUACAUUCAUUCAUGUGUUUGUUUAUAAGUGUUAAUAAAAACAUAAUUGGUAAAAAUGUGUCAUUAGGUAAUAAAAGAACCUGAAGUUUUGAUUACAGGCAAAUCUAUUUAUCUUCCUCUACUUUAUCUUACAUGACAGCUUGCAGAAAGAAAAGUUGUCAAAGUGCAUGCAGAUGAUCCCAUUUCAUUUGUUCAGUUGAUAAACAGAAGUGAUCAAGGGGCUGGAGAAGUAAGUCUUUCAAUGUUCACUCAGUAUGGUUACCCCAUAAACAAGUAUAAGUAGUAUAAUGUUUUCUCCAUAACUUAAUUUUGAGUUAUUAUGCUCAUGGUUGUACCAUAUGGGAAACUUAAUAAGUAUUUUCAUUAAUUUUCAGUUUUUUAAAGAAAGUUGCCUUGUGAAUAUUUUUGUAAUUCUGGUAAAAAUUCAUCUAUACGAAAAUAACCAAUUUUAACAUUUCAGAAUAUGUUCGAACUGACAUUGUCUCAAGCAUUGGGUGUCAAUGCCAAGAAAGAUUCUGACCCACUUGGAUCAUCAAAAUUAAACAAGGUUUUAAAUUAUUUUAUAGUUUUAGUUUUACCUGAUCUAAGUAAAUCAGAUACUGCAGCCAUUUUCAAAUAUAUUCUAAAUCAUAAAUCUUAUCCUAAACAAAAUAACCUUGCAUUUAUAAAGCAUUUAGCAAGAUUUUACUUUUUUAAGGAUGUAAAAUGUACAUUAUAUAUCACAACUUUCAUGGAGUAACUUUAAAACAUAUUGUCAAUCCUUGCUUGUUUCUCUUUCAAAUAGGUUUCCCAGCUCACAGGGUUCUCUGAUCCAGUUUAUGCUGAAGCUUAUGUAAAUGUCAACCAGUAUGAUAUUGUCCUAGAUGUUCUCAUUGUAAACCAAACAGCUGACUGUCUGCAGAAUCUUACCCUGGAGCUUGCUACAUUGGGUAAAAAAUAUAUUGUAUCAUAUUUUGUAGUAAUGAUCUAAUUGUCGUGAAAAUCCAACAACCUAUUAACUCAUUUUCUGCAGUUGUUUAUGAUUAAAUCACAACCUAGAAGAACUAAUACUAAUAUUGUAAUUGAAAAAUUACAGAAUCAUUUUUUCAUGUUCAUCUUCACAGGAGAUUUGAAGCUGGUUGAAAAGCCUCAACCUUUGACCCUAGCCCCUCAUGACUACUGCAACAUUAAAGCUAAUGUUAAAGUUACCUCUACUGAGAAUGGGAUUAUAUUUGGAAACAUUGGUAACUGAAAUAAAUUAUUUCACAAAUUGUCCCAGCUUAUUAUGUACAAAUCAGUUUACUUUAUCUUCCAGAUCUACUUUGGUUAUGCAAGACAUUUUAAUUUAAAAUUUAACAUUAUCGCCUACUUAAAAAAAUUAAGUAACUGCUCUUUCCAUAUCUUCAUUUACAUUUUUUUAUAUUUAAUGACUUUGAUGGCCUUCUUUUUAUGUCUGUUUUUUAGCUGUUUGUUUUUUCAAAGUCCUUGAUCUAUAUUUUGGGGAAUAAGAAAAUUGAUGGUUAUUUGUGUAUGUUUAUCAAGAAAUAUUUCUUCCUUUGCUCAGUGUAUGAUGUGACAGGAGCUACCAGUGACCGAAAUGUUGUGGUGUUGAACGACAUCCACAUAGACAUCAUGGACUACAUUGUACCAGCGAGCUGUACUGACACAGAGUUUCGUCAGAUGUGGGCAGAGUUUGAGUGGGAGAACAAGGUGACGGUGAACACCAAUAUCCUUGACCUGAAGGAAUACCUGGAGCAUGUGAUGUCAUGUACCAACAUGAAGUGUUUGACACCGGAGAAGGUGAGAAUUAAUUAUUUUAAAACUUUGAGGGUCAAAGAAAAUAUAAUCUGGUCUUUAAAAAUAUUUUGAUGCAGCACCAGCUCUUAACCAGUUAGAACUUCAUUGAAAUUCACUUGCAGUGCAUGAUUUAAAAGAGGGGACUGAUAUAUGAUAAUAAAAAAAUAAGGAAGGGUAUUUGUACUUGUCUAUGAUCAUAAUUCCCAAAACAGAUUGCUUUCCCCAUAGUGAUUAUUUUUAGAAGUGCAAUUAAUCUGAAAAAAACUAAUAACUGAUGGUCAGUAUUUUAGUUUAAUUAGCCACACAUCAGAAGAAUGUUUAUCUGCAGCUUUUGACUUUUUAAUUGAUGCGUGUGCAAUUGUAAUUUAUAGGUAGACGACUCAGAUUUCAAUCCACAUUUGUUAAUCAGAUCACAGGUGAAACAAUCUUUUAACCCUUGUUUAGUUCUCACUAGAAGGAAUAGGAUCGAGAUUCUUACUUUUUAUUUGUUUCUUAAUUAUUUAAAUGCAUAAUUCCUGCCAUUUUUCAAAAGCCAGCCCAACUGUGAAGCUUCAAAAAAUAUAUUCAUAUUGCAUUUUUAGUGCAUGUGUACAAAUUGUUGAAUAUCUGCAAUUUGGGUGUAGACUAUUGAUAUAGCUGAACCUCAAUUGGUUCUUAUGAUUUUUUUUAUUUUUGGACACCACUUGUCAUAAAGAUCCAUAGAACUGAAAAAUAUUAAUUCAUUAUUUUAAACCCAUCCCCCCCCCACGGUCGUCUCUAACCAAAUCAUUUGUCAUUCCCUUAGUUUUGACUCCUUCAUGCACCAUGACACCAUCCUUGUUAUUUCAUUUUUUUUUUUUGCUUGAACUUGAAGUAAACCUGAUGUAGUUAUUUCUUCAUUUUACCACUUUUUUUUUUACCCAUAGUUAACUUUUUUUUUUUUUUUUUUUUUUUUUUUUUUUUUUUUUUUUUUUUUUUUUUUUUUUUUUCCUCUUUUUUUUUUCCCUUUCUUUUUUUUUUUUUUUUUUUUUUUUUUUUUUUGCAUUUGUCCCAAGUUCACUUUCAAUUAUAUCAUCAUAUUAUUUAUCAAUUACUAGGAUCGCCAACAUUUAUUUUGUAGUGUAUUGUUAAUUAACAAUACAUGCAUAUUAUGUUCAAAGUGCAGGGCAUGGCUUGUGUGUUAGCUUCUUCAAAAUUUCCAUAACUUCAAAUUAUGCAUUUGUGUUGGUUUGUAUUCAUCAAUAACAUCAUCAUAAUUGGAACUAAAAUUGUCACAAGAUAUGGGAAUCUUAAAAUAUGUUGUUUUGAUGUCUUGAGUAAAUCCAAGCAGUAAGAAAAUUUUACAGCAUUUUGUAAUCAAUCAUCCUACUGUUACACUCUUUCAGUUUUUUAAAAAUUUUUUUACAAAUGUUUAAUUUGAUUAGUUUUCACCACUAUCUUCUACAAUGCUAGAAGUUCUAGAUAGUAAAUAUCUCUAUGCAUUGGGCCUUUUUUUUUUUUUAUCAAGUAGGCUCAUUUAACUUAAACUGCACCCAAUUCUUUCUUCAAUUAUUCCAUGGAAUCAAUAUUUGAAAAUUGAAAUGAACCUGACACCUCCAAUAUGAUUCAAAUAUGUGACUACAAAUGUUUAUAGUGGUUUGUAGUGGUCAUAAUUAAUUGCAAUUUUAACCAAGCUUUAUUUAGAAAUUAGCUGAAGCUGUCAUUAAUAUACCAAUUUAACUUUUAAUUUCAGGCAUUGUCUGGGGACUGUGGUUUCAUGGCAGCCAACAUGUAUGCUAGAUCUAUAUUUGGGGAAGAUGUUUUGGCCAAUCUUAGUAUUGAAAAACCUUUACACUUGGGCAAAGAUGCCUCGGUCCAAGGUCAUGUUCGCAUCAGAGCCAAAAGUCAGGUAAAUACAAUAUUCACUCUGCCUCCAUUUGAAUGAUUUAAGAUUGUGGAGGGUGUUUUAAUAAGAUUUUAUUGAGAUUGGAAAAUUAAAGCAGAGGAGCUGUAAUCAAAAAGAGACUUAUAAACUUUGUGUUUUGGCCUUAUAUUUCUAGUGAAAAGUAGAAAAACAGCUUUAAGCUUAUUAUGAUUACUAUAGUUACUUAUUCUAAAGGCCAUUUGUUUAUAAGCAUUACCCAGAUAUUAGUUCUAAAGCCCAUUCCUUCAUAAGCAGACUCUUAAUGUACUUAUUAGACAAUUUUUAAAACAAUUUUUAUAGAUUCAAUCUGACAAUAAAUAAAAUAGAGAUCAUCAUAUUCUUUAUCCACAGGGCAUGGCUUUGAGUAUGGGGGAUAAGAUUAAUUUGUCACAGAAGAAAGCUGCUAAAAUUAUGGCUGGCUAAAUAAAAAGAUGACAAGUUCUUUAUCAGGACAUUUUCCAACAAGUUUCUACCUAAAUAAUAAAAUCUACUCAUUGGAUCAUUAUUUCUGUAUAUCAUUAUUUUUGUAUACUUAGCAGCAUUUUUGUUUUGUUUUUUCUUCUAAGGAUAAAAUUUAAGAUUAAAUUUUGAGGUGUAGCUUGGACAAUGAAAUGUGAUGACAAUAAUAUGUUAUACUUAAAGUAGCUUAAAAGUGUAGACAUCUUGCAUAAUCAGUUUAUGCAAGUUGAACUAAAUCAAGUAUAUUUGUUAAAAGUCAAAGUCUAUAUAAUGGGAUUUAUGUUUCAACUUAGCUUGAAUUACUGGUUUGAAAAGUGCUUUUGUUUAGUUCCUAAAAACACUUUUAGGGCAUUUAUUCUAAGAAAGGCAGUUUCAUGAUAUUAUAGAGUCAAACUUAAGCUAAGAAUUUGUUUGUUGUCCAUUGUUCAAUAAAAUUUGGGAUACUGCUUUAAAAUUGUGUAAAAGUUCUUUUAUUUUAAAUUGUAAUGUUGGUACAAGUAAAGAAAUAUCUAAAGUUAUUAACUGAAAUAUUUGUGACUUGGGGAAAAUGAAGAUUGGUCUAUUUCUUUCUAGAACUUAGUUAGAAAAGGCAUGCACUAUUCCAUGCCAGUAUCCAAAACACUUAUAUGAAAGCUGGAUAACAAAUGAAUCUGUUUUCUCCAUGGGUAAUACAUAAUUUGUGUCUAAACUAGAUUAGAUUAAUAUUGUUUUAUAAACACAAAUUGUUUGUGUGUAAUUAGUCCACUUGACAGCUUUAUCACAAUCCAAAACUCUUAUAAUUAGCAAACAAUAUUAUUCAGUCUUAUGUAAUAUGAAUUGCAACUAUUUUAACUGACUCUGAAUAAGAAAGUACACAUUUUGUAUACCAAUCCACAAAUGUGUAAAAUCACUUGUAGAAUAUUUGCUGUUUAUUUUGAUUAUAAUUGUAAAUCUUUGUUAUGUCAGCCCUGUGUAGGUAUAUUAUCAGAAAUAAUAUUGAAUAAAACUUAACUAGGUGCAUCUGUGUUUGUGCUUGUAAGUAAAUGAAAUCCAUCAAGUUUUACUUUAGCCAUAAUCGACUUAGAAAUUAACAGCUGGUCAGCUUGAUCAUGAGGUUUACUGGCUACUCCAUAAAAUUUUUAGCAAAGAGUACAUUUGCUGCUGAAAAACAUAUCACCUAGUACAGAUGCUUCACCAUAGCCAAUGUUUAUUUGACCAAAAUAGAGGAUUUAAAUUAUUUAAUCUAUAAGUAAAAUAUAACAAAUCUUGUAGAUCAAACUUUUAUUUUACAGCUUUUAUUAGGGAAC